AGAUCUGCGAGAUAACUACAUUUCAACCAUCGAAGAAGGUACCUUCACGGGGAUUUCGAAUUUAAAAACAUUAUAUCUUAAGAACAAUAAAAUUUCGAACAUUGAGAAAGUAAUGUUUCAAAACCUUCACAGCUUAGAAACUCUGUAUCUUGGUGCCAACAACAUUUCAACCAUCAAACAAGGUAUAUUCACGCGGUUUAAGAAUUUAAAGACAUUAUAUUUGCAAAACAACCCAAUAGAAAAAUAUGAAGAUGGCGCUUUCUUAUUCCUCCCCAGUAUAGUUAAUAUUUACCUCCAAGACAAUAACCUUAUGAAGUGUGGAUGUCACUUGCCAGCCUUCGUUAAGUAUAUUAAAAAAGUCUAUAACAGAACUGUGGCUGUCUCUGGCACGUGUCAGGAAGGCUCAGGGAAACGAAUACUUAUACUGGAUUAUUCACAAUGUCAAAAUAUUUACUUGUAUUCUGUAGAUUACUCGUUAUAUCAACGGCAUUUACAGUGUCAAACAUGUUCAGGAAAUAAGUGCAAUGAUCUAGAAGUGACAAGAUGUCCAGGAGCAGAGCCAGUAUGCCGAUUCGCAAUAUCAAUGAACGGUGUUAAACUGAAGACUGAAAGGUCCUGCAGCACAUACAGAAAAUGUGUUGAAGCUAUGAGAAACAAUACCCUUACAUGCAAUAAACGGACGAAUAGCACGUCUUGUACUGGUUGUUGCGUCGGACACUUAUGUAACAAGAAUUAUUUCAAUGGCUGGACCAAAUCCUUCGUAUUUCGUUUGAUUAUUAAAAAGUUCAACGAAUAUAAAAUCCCUGCUGAGAACAUAUCAAGAGCCAUGGAGCAUGAGUUUUCAACCAUGACGGGAAAUUUCAGAGUAGAAAACAGUGGCUCAAACAGAAUUAAAAUAUUUGAUAUUUACUGUACAGUAUUUAGCGAAAUGACUGAAAGUCAACUGCGGCGCAAUAUCUCCCAAGUUUUGAACAAAUCCCAGGCAUUGCUUAACAUAGGAGUUAGGCAAAGCCACAUGAAAUUCACUGAUGAACGAAACAUCGACAGUACUUUGGAGGAGAUUUUAGAUGUAUCCCAGAAACCAGUGUAUUUCAAAGAAGAUGUUGAAUUGGCUGUAGACCUUCACGAGAAAAUGGUGCCACUUGUAUCGACUGUGUCGGCCAAUAUAACUUUGAACCACUCUCUUCGUAGUAUCAACAAUUUGUUAAACAUACCAGAGGAGGUUCUGACCGAGACAGAACAAGAGAAUAGCAGUGCCAACAGAUUGCUGGAUCUUAUACAAGAAAUCACAGAAAAGAUUCCACUGGAGGAGCAGCAAGUCACAGCUAUCUAUUCUAAUCUUGGUAUUGGUAUUUCCAAAGUGAAUCCGGACACAUUCGAUGGUCUUUUCUAUGGUGUUUCCUAUGGAACUAAUGAUGCAAAAGAAAAAACUAUGGUACCAAAAGUUCUCAUGAUUACUCUCUUGUUCUAA